GCAGGUUCCAGUCCCACAAUUGCAAUCGUCUGCCGCCAUGACGCCACGCUGGUUGCCAUGGACGACGCUUGUUCUUGCCAUAGCGCUCGUCUCGUUUAAUGUCGGAGCAUUCGCCGAGGAUGCUUCCGUGCAUGUCCACCCUCGUCUGUCCAGUCAGAGGGUGGUCGUGCAUAAGCGGAUCUACGGCGGGACAGCGGCGGCGACAGGCAACACGCCAUGGAUGGCAGGCCUCCGAUUCAGUGCGAACGAGAGCUCAUACUGCGGGGGAGCGCUCGUAGCUCCACAGUACGUCGUCACAGCCGCGCAUUGCGUCACAUUCCGCCAUGCCGCACCCGCGGUGCUCUAUGUCUCCAUCGGUACUUCGUCCAUCGACGGCACAGACGCCGACGUCCGGACAGUCUCGUCCAUGUGGACGAUGCCGAAUUUUGCAAGUGCACCAUUGGGCUCAGACCUAGCCAUCCUCAAACUUGACGCUCCUUCCACCAAGCGACCCGUGGCUCUAAGCAAGCAGUGGGUGCACCCCAACACAACCACCGUGACCUUCGGGUGGGGCCAGUGCUCCUUGUCCGAACCGUCGUCGUACCACCUGCUUCAGGCCAACCUCACGACCAUCGCGAAUGCUGCAUGCCAACGCCGCAUCCGCACAGCAUCCAACGACUCUGUGUACACGACAUGGAAUGCUACCGCCUCGCACUUGUGCGCUGGUGGCGUAACUGGCACUGGCACCUGUUAUGGCGACUCCGGAGGGCCCUUGGUGGCCCAUCCAUAUCUCGACACGAACUUAUCCCUGUCGCAGAUUGUGUUGGUGGGAAUCGUGAGCUUUGGCGUCAAGUGCGCCGACGGUGUCCCAGAUGUAUUUACCCGCGUUUCCGCCACUGCGACGUUCAUUGACGAACAUGUGACAGGGCAUCGCUGGGUCGAAUGACAUCAAAUUGACCGUGUCCAUUCAAACCAUUUACAGUAGUUUUCAGAACAACGAGCGGGAUUAAACACAAAUGGUUGUGAAAGGGUUGCUACCGGGCCAGUUGUUGUGGACUUUAAGAGUUCUAACACAGUACUGUCUGUG